GCUGGCAGACUUGACUGACCGAGAGCUCAAGGCGGAAUUAAGGGAUGGAAUCAGGAAUGCCAAAGCCACAACACAGCAACGGCUUCAUGGCUGCCUGCUCUCACUAGCAAAAACACUCGACACCUGGACUGGAAGACACGUAGUUCCCUCGACUGAUCACCAACUGAAGCUGAGCUUCACACUGACAUGGACAGAGGUGAUGGACGCACUAAGUAUGUGCUGCGGGGUGAGGGGGCGGGGUCAGUGUUUGUGAUUGACGAGAAGACGGGCAACAUCCACGUAACCAAGCCCUUGGAUCGGGAGGAGAAGGACGAAUACCGGCUGAUUGCCACAGCAACAGACAGUCAGACAGAGCGUGCCCUGGAGCCCUCCUCCCAGUUCAUCAUUAGAGUGCAGGAUAUCAACGACAACCCACCUGUCUUCGAGGAAGGACCCUACAGCGCCACAGUACCCGAGAUGGCAAACAUAGGGACCUCCAUCAUCCAGGUGACGGCUUCAGACGCAGACGAUCCCACAUAUGGGAACAGCGCGCGGCUGGUGUACACGCUGGUUCAGGGGCAGCCGCACUUCUCCGUGGAUGCUCAGACAGGCAUCCUGCGUACUGCAGUUCCAGAUCUAGAUAGAGAAGUGCAGGAUCAGUAUCUAGUGGUCCUGCUAGCUAAAGACAUGGGUGGCCAUCUUGGCGGUUUGUCAGGAACGACAUCAGUUACUGUACGAUUGACGGAUGUCAAUGACAAUCCUCCUCACUUCGUACAAAAUGAAGAGCGAAAGUACAAAAGAGAAGGAGAGGGGAAACGAGGAGAUUGAGACAGAGCAAGAAAGCUAAAAAAAAACAAAGGCUGACGGGGAGACGGAGAUGGGAAGGAGGGGAGAGGGGAUG